GCAGCAGUCAUCGUGUUACAAUUUAAAUCAUCAAUUUACACGGUUAUAUCAUCAACCCUUCAUUUUUUUUUUUUUUUUAUUUUAAUUUGCAAUCUUGUUAUUACCUCAAAAAAAAUUAAUUCUAUUAUGAAUAAUUAAUUUUCAUAAACGAAUUGUCACUUAGUUUAAAAAAAAAAAAAAUAAAUUUACAAUUAUUAUUGUUAUUAAUGAAAUAAUUAAAAAAAAAAAAAAAAAAUUGUUCAAGUGAAGUGGAAAAUGACAGUUAAUUAAUUAAAUAAAAAAAAUUUGUUUUGUUUUUUUUUUGGCUUAAGAAGGAAUAAGGGAUUUAUUUAUUUAAAUUUUUUUCAGUGAUAAAAUCAGUGUAUGUUCAGACGCAUGAAAUUUUAAGUGUAACUUGAAAUUGAAAUUUUUUUUUUUUUUUGUUUUGUGAAUUUAUAAAAUUGGUAGUUUUAUUUUUAUUUAUUUUUUUCUGCAUUUUGGAUAUGGUGAAUAAAUAAAUGACAAUAAACUUGAGGGAUUAAAAAAAAAAAUGAAAAUAAAAGCUUUGAUAAAUUUUCAUAGAAAUUCUUCCGUCGGGUCAGCAAUUUAUCGCGUGACUUGCAUUUACAUUUCAUGCCGACACAGUGUUAAGAAACUUAUAGAUUUAAAAAUAAAAAAAUUAUGAAAAAAAUUGUAUAUAUUAAUUUUAAAAUCCAAUCAAAUUUUUUGAUUAAAAUAUUGUGUUAUUUAUUUUUAAAAUAACAAUUUUUAUAUUGAAUUUUAGUUGUUAAAAAAAGCUAAAAUAGAUAUUUAAUAUAGCAGUGAUAAAGGAAAUUUGUUUUGGAUGUUUUUGAUAAAAAAAAUAAGAGUGGCAUACGUCAGUACAAAGUCAAAAUGAAGACGUUACUUAUUAUGAGUAUUAUCGCGUUUGUUGGUGCCGAAGUUUACGUCAGUGAUGUCGAUGAACCAAUACCAGUACUGGAGGUGACAGCUGUUGCUGGUUAUAAAGCCCAUUUACCAUGUGACAUAAACAUACAAAAAAAUGAUGAAUUAGUUGUUAUGAUACUUUGGUAUCGUGAAGAUAUGAGUAGCCAUCCAAUUUAUACACUUGAUGGUAGAAAAAAUGGUUUAUAUAAUGGUGCUAGAAAUUCAUCUGAUCAAAAGUUAUUUGGUAAUCGUGCUACAAUGAAAAUUGACAAGAUUCCAGCUCAAUUUGAAAUUGAUCCAUUGAUAAAUACAGACAGUGGAUUAUACCGUUGUCGUGUUGAUUAUCGCAACAGUCCAACUAGAAAUCAAAAAAUUAAUUUAACAGUUAUUGUACCACCAAAUAAACCAGAAAUAAUGAUUGGUCAAGAUGUAAAUUAUGUCAAGACAAAUCAACGUAUCAAUGAAGGAAGUUCAAUUGUAUUGACUUGUCAAGUUAAAGGUGGAACACCACAGCCAAGAGUUAGCUGGUAUUUUGGUGACAAAAUGAUUGAUGAUACAUAUAGAAAUGAUCAUGAUGACAUGACAAUAAAUAAACUUGAAAUAGCAAGAGUUACACGUGACUUUGAAUAUACAAAAUUAUAUUGUAGAGCUUCAAAUACACAUCUAAUAACACCACUUGUUAAUGAAAUUUUACUUGAAUUAAAUCUUAAACCGUUGAAAAUAAAUAUAACAAGUAAAGAAGCUCAUUUAUCAGCAUUGCAAACAUAUGUUAUUGAGUGUGUUACAUCAGGCUCAAAACCAGAACCAGUUAUAACAUGGUGGAAAGGUUCUCAUCAAGUUAAAUAUAUGGCUAAAAAAAUCACUGAGUCCCCAGAUGUUACGAAAAGUAUUCUUAGCUAUGUCGCAACAAUUGGAGACGAUGGAAAAUUUCUCACCUGCCGAGCAGAGAAUCCAAUUGUCCCAGAUAGUGCACUGGAGGACACAUGGCAACUGUCAAUUCACUAUGUACCACUGGUUACAACAAAACUUGGUUCAAGUUUACGUGCAAAUGAUAUAAAUGAACGUGAUGAUGUUUAUUUUGAAUGUGAUGUCAAAGCAAAUCCAAAAGCAUAUAAAUUAUCGUGGUUUAAAGAUGAAAAAGAGUUGCAUCAAAAUUCAAGUGCUGGAAUAAUAAUACCUGGUGGUGAUUCAUUAGUAUUACAAAAUGUUAAUCGUGCAUCAGCUGGUGAUUAUUCAUGUAUGGCUGUUAAUGCUGAAGGUAGUUCAACAAGUAAAUCAGUAACUCUAGAAGUAAUGUAUGCACCGAUAUGUAAAGAUGGUACACUUGUACAAGUAGUUGGUGCAUUGAAACAUGAAACAAUAUCAUUGGUAUGUGGUGUUGUAUCAAAACCACCACCAACAACAUUUCAUUGGGCAUUUAAUAAUUCUGGUGAACUUAUGAUGCCAGUACCAGCUGAACGUUAUGGUCCAAUAAAACAAUCAAAACGUAUUACAAAUCAAUGGCAUGGUUCAAGACUAAAUUACACACCAGAUUAUGAUACUGAUUAUGGUACUAUAUCAUGUUGGGCAUCAAAUCCAAUUGGUGUACAAAGAGUACCAUGUUUAUUUCAAAUUAUUGUUGCUGGUAAACCUUAUCCACUACAAAAUUGUUCAGCUGUACAAUCAACUGGACCAUAUGCUUAUCAUACAGUUACAACUAAUCAAAAUGACGAGAAAAAUAUUCCAACAAGUGAUGCUGAAUGGCUCAUUGUACAUUGCACUGAGGGGUUUGAUGGUGGCUUACCAUUAACAAGUUUUGUAUUAGAAGUUUAUAAAGAAGAUAAAAUAUAUCCAAAUAUAACAAUAAACAUUAAUCGUACUGAUAAAAUAAAUCCACAUCAUCAACAUGGUCCAAUAUUUCAAGUAUCAAAUCUUGAACCUGGUAAAAAUUAUAAACUACUUGUUUAUGCUGUUAAUGCCAAGGGUAGAAGUGAUCCAGUUGUACUUGAAUCAAUAACACUCAAGGGGGUUGCAAUGUACACAACUGGUCGUGAUUCAGGAGAUAUGAGCUCUGAUUAUAGUUUAUUGAUUGCUUGUUUUGCUGGUGGUAUAACAGCACUGUGUAUAUUAAUAAUUGGAAUAACAGUAACACUCUAUCGUAGAAAUUAUUAUACAAAUCAAAAUAAUAAAAGUCAAAUAAAUAUUGUUAAUUGUGAAGAAAAAGAUAAUGAUCAUAAUAAUCAAUUGCCAUUAUCAUCAACAUCAACAACAACAUCAGCAUCAACAACAACAGCAACAACAACAACAACAACACGUAAUAAUGAUAAUGAUUAUAAUAAUAUUAAUAAUAAAAAUCAACAAUCAUCAAGACAAUUAUUAAUAAAAGAAACACGUGAACAAUUAUUAAUUGAUGGUGCUGAAGAUAAUCCAGAUGUAAUACCAUGUAAAUUAAAUUCAAAUUAUACAAAAAAUAAUUAUAAUAAUGUUAAUGAUGAUAAUAAUAUUGAUAAUUUGGAUUAUCCAUCACCAGCAACUGUAUUACAUGGUAAAGAUAAUUGGAUUUAUCAAAAUAAUUAUGUUGAUAAACCAGAGGCAACAAGUCCAGCACGUCCAAGUACACUACCUGUUCAUCGUACUCAUGAUAUUUACACAAGAAGUUUACGUGUACAAGAAAGUUGUAUAUAAAAUUUAAUUCAAUUUAUUAUAUAUAUUAAUUAUUAUUGCUAUUAUUAUAUGUAUAAAUAAGAUAAUUAUUUCGGCCAAUAAUCUUUAUAAAUAACAAAUGAAAUAAAUCUUUAUAUAAUUGAAAUUUAAAAACAAAAAUGAAAUCAAUUCUUGAGACUUUCAUCGAUUAUAAUUGUUGAAUCAAAUAUUGUGAUUUAACAGACUUCGAUGUUUGUACAUAGACAAUAAAUAAACAAAAAAAUAAUAAUAAUAAUUCGUUGUUAAGAAAAUAUAA